AUGUAUGCGGCGCGCAGCAUCGCUGCGGAGCACAAGGACCUCAUCCACGACGUCUCCUACGACUUCCACGGCCAGCGCCUCGCCACCUGCUCCAGCGACCAGAGCGUCAAGGUGUGGGAUCGGAACGAGAGCGGAGAGUGGAAAUGCACGGCAAGCUGGAAGACGCACAGUGGCUCGGUGUGGCGCGUCACAUGGGCCCACCCCGAGUUUGGGCAGCUCCUUGCCUCGUGCUCGUUCGACCGCACGGCCGUCGUGUGGGAGGAGAUCGUGGGGGAGUCCAACGACCGGCAGCGCAGCCAGAGCCACUGGGUGAAGCGAACCACGCUGGUGGAUAGCCGCACUUCAGUGACGGAUGUCAAGUUCGCUCCGAAGCACCUGGGUCUGGUACUGGCCUCUUGCUCUGCGGACGGGGUGGUGCGCGUGUACGAGGCACCCGACGUCAUGAACCUCAGCCAGUGGUCAUUGCAGCACGAGAUUUCCUGCAAGCUCAGCUGCAGCUGCAUCUCCUGGAACCCAUCCAGUUUCCGGGGACACCCGCCGAUGCUGGCGGUGGGCAGUGAUGACGGAUCCUCGUCGAGCGGAGGGAAGGUGCAGAUCUACGAGUACAGCGAGAACACGAGGAAGUACAUGAAGGUGGAGACGUUGAUGAUGGUGACGGAAUCCGUGCACGAUCUGGCGUUCGCCCCCAACCUCGGCCGCUCGUACCACCUGCUAACGGUCGCGUCACGAGACGUGCGCAUCUUCACACUCAAGCCACUACGGCGAGAGAACAGCGCGGCGGGCAGCGUGAGCAAGUUCGAGAUUCGCUCCGCGGCGCAGUUUGAAGACCACAACUCGCAGGUGUGGCGCGUGAGCUGGAACAUCACGGGCACCGUGCUGGCAUCCUCCGGCGACGACGGCUGCGUACGGCUCUGGAAGGCCAAUUACUUGGGCAACUGGAAGUGCAUCGCGGUGCUCAAGGGAGACGGGAGUCCCGUUCCCGGCGCCGCGGGCCUCACCGGCGGCGCUCAGCUGCCCGCCCUGGCGGGGGCCGGUUUCCCCGGGGGGGCGACCGCGGGGACGCCGGGCGGCGGAGUCAACGGGGCGGCCGCUGUGAGCUAACAAGACCUCCUCCUGCCCGAGCCGUUUGCCCAACUACUCUGAGCGCCUGCGGGACCGAGCACCGCCCCUAACAAAACAACCGGAGCCCUGACCCCCCCCCUCAACCCCAACACUGACCCUGCCCCCACGGAGGGAGCAGCUUUGUCUCAUAACCCCCCGCCCCUCCCCCAACCCCCCCCCCCCACCCCAGCAACUCUGACUCAACAAUUGACUCAUCCCAAGCACCGCUCUUGUCAACGGGGCCGGAUAAAAUCCGCGGGAACAAACACGUAGCUGGCGUCUCGCCCAGGAGUUAGAUGCACCGGUUUACUCUGCGGGUCGACAAAAAACAUUUCACGGUGGUAGUGGAUCGGGCACGGGGAACCGUGGCAGUGUCCCCUUCGUUGACCUCGAGAAGGCUUCUCGCUAGGCCUUUCCCCGGCCGCACGCCAUCCCGCUGGCGCCGGUGGAUGAGCGGAGAGGGGACGGCAGCGGUUGAUGACCAGAGACUCCUCCUCGUGUUGUGUACGCAACUCUGCUCCUCCGCUCAGACCUCAUCUCUUGUAAAAACAUCAUCACUGUAAUCAUCGUCGUCAUCAUUAUCGUCGUAAUUUUUUAAGUUGUCCGUUAAGGGAUGUUACGAUUGACUCGCACUAUCUUUCUUGAAUGUACUUAUUAAAGACAAAAUCAAAUAAAAGUUGCCCAUUGUGCACCUUUAAAUUA